AUGGCUACUUAUCAGGAAUAUUUUGUUCAAAAUGAAGAACGUGAUGGUGUACGUUUCACAUGGAACAUGUGGCCAUCAAGUCGUUUGGAAGCUACACGACUUGUAGUUCCACUUGGAUGUUUAUUUACGCCAUUGAAAGAACGUCUUGAUCUGCCAGCGAUCAACUACGAGCCUGUUCUAUGUACACGGGACUCGUGCCGAGCAAUCUUAAACCCGUUUUGUAGUGUGGAUUAUCGAGCGAAGAUAUGGAUAUGUAAUUUUUGUUUGCAACGAAAUAACUUUCCACCGCAAUAUGCUGGAAUAAGUGAACAAUUAACACCAGCUGAACUUUCACCACAGUUUACAACCAUUGAAUACACAUUAAUCCGUGCACCUAUUUCGCCAGCGAUAUUCCUGUUUGUCGUCGAUACUUGUAUGGAUGAAGAUGAUCUGACAGCAUUGAAAGAAUCGCUACAAAUGGCGUUGAGUUUAUUGCCGACGGACGCACUGGUUGGUCUGAUUACAUUUGGUCGAAUGGUUCAUGUUCAUGAACUAAAUUGCGAAAAUAUGGCACGAAGUUAUGUUUUCCGAGGAACGAAAGAUCUGACUACAAAACAAGUUCAGGAUAUGCUUGGCCUAGCAAAGCAUCAACCAAAUACAAGAUCAAUUUCAACAAAUCCGAAUGCACCACCGCAAUCGAAUGUGUUUUACAGCAAAUUUAUUCAGCCAGUGUCGGUAUGCGAUAUGUCGUUGACAGAUCUUCUUGGUGAACUUCGACCUGAUCCAUGGCCUGUCUCACAAGCGAAACGCUCAUUGCGAUCAACUGGCGCCGCACUUUCAGUUGCUACUGGUUUACUCGAGGCUCUCUAUCCAAAUACGGGUGCCCGUCUUAUGCUGUUCAUUGCUGGUCCAUGCACACAAGGGCCAGGCAUGAUUAUCGAUGAAGAAUUGAAACACACGAUUCGUUCUCAUCAUGAUAUUGAAACCGAUAAUGCCAAAUAUAUGAAAAAGGCAAUCAAAUUUUAUGAAAAUAUUGCUAGUCGAGCAGCGAUCAAUGGACAUGUCAUCGAUCUAUAUUCAGCAGCACUAGAUCAGACGGGUUUACAUGAAAUGAAAUAUUGUACGAAUUACACGGGAGGUCACAUGGUGAUGAGUGAUUCGUUUAAUACUUCGUUGUUUAAACAAACUUUUCAGAAAGUCUUUGCCAAAGACAAUAAGAAUGAUUAUCGAAUGAGUUUUGGUGCAACUUUAGAAGUGAAAUGUAGUCGAGAAGUGAAAGUUUGUGGUGCUAUUGGUUCUUGUGUUUCAUUGGCACAACGUGCACCGAAUGUAUCCGAAACUGAAUUAGGUAUUGGUGGAACAAAUGCUUGGAAAAUCUCGGGGAUCUAUCCCAAUUCGACUCUUUCGCUUUUCUUCGAGAUAAUCAACCAGCAGCAAGAAGCGACACAGUCAGUUCCAACAGAUCAACGUGGCUAUGUGCAAUUUAUUACGCACUAUCAACAUCUAUCUGGUUAUAGAAAACUUCGUGUAACAACUAUUUCAAGAAAUUUGCUCGAUGCUACAACACAUCUGCCAGCGAUAGCUGCAUCAUUUGAUCAAGAAUGUGCUAGUGUGUCCAUGGCGCGUAUUGCCGUUUUUCGCGCCGAUACUGAAGAAGGCUCCGAUGUACUUCGUUGGUUAGACAAAAUGCUCAUCCGAUUAUGUCAAAAAUUUGCUGUCUAUGAAAAAGACAAUCCAGGUUCAUUUCAAUUAAUUGACACGUUUACGUUGUAUCCUCAAUUUAUGUAUCAUUUACGACGGUCACAACUUCUUCAAGUAUUUAACAAUAGUCCUGAUGAGUCAGCAUUUUACCGACAUUACCUACUUGGCGAAGAUUUAACACAAUGUUUAGUUAUGAUUCAACCCAUUCUCUAUGCUUACUCGUUCAAUGGUCCACCUGAACCUGUGCUUUUGGAUAGUAGUAGUAUUUUGCCAGAUCGUAUAUUAUUAAUGGAUACAUUCUAUCAUAUUCUCAUCUAUCAUGGUGAAACAAUAGCUCAAUGGAUAAAAGCAGGUUAUCAAGAUUUACCAGAAUAUGAGAAUUUCAAGCAGCUCCUUCAAGCACCUGUCGGAGAUGCUUCAGAAAUUCUUCAAAAUCGCUUUCCCAUGCCACGUUACGUGGUAACAGAAGCUGGUGGAUCACAAGCACGAUUUCUUCUAUACAAAGUCAAUCCCUCUCAAACGCAUACGAAUUGCGUAUGGGGACAAGCUGUUGGAGCGCCUAUUCUGACUGAUGAUGUCAAUUUGCAAACAUUUAUGGAACACUUAAAAAAGCUAGCUGUAUCAACGUCAACUUAG